GCCACAGGCACGCUCAAUAAACGGCGCUAGUGUUUGUCAAGUGUCAUAGCCGUUCCCAUCGGCCGAUAGUGCUGCAAGACUUAAAUCGGUGAUUUAAUUAAGAAUAACGUACCUCUUUUUUUAGUAAAAUUGUGAAACUUUAAGCAAUAAUGACCGACAAAAAAGCGUAUCCGGUGGCCCCUCACCCACCGACCGGCUUUGUCCCCGCGCCAACGCAACCCCCAACCUACGGUGUUGCAGGCGCCGCACCCUAUGGAGUAUUUCCCAAUCAACCUCAAUUAUAUGCGACGCAAGGUCCACCGCCACCGACAUAUGACCAGACUCUUACGCAUCCUAUGAUGUAUCAACCAAUGUAUGGACAGGGAUAUCCUUUGCAAUAUUAUCCACCGGGAUACCCAUUGCAAUAUUAUCCGCCAUUGGCUGCGACCACAGCAUAUUAUCCUGCUAUGCAGCCCGCUCCUGUAAGGCCCACUAUUAUGGUACCUAACGGUUUCGAUGGUACCCGGUUCGAUGGCAUCUCGCAGCCGGUGUUGCCGCCACCACCACCUGGAGUGGCCGCGAACGCUGCACAAUUGGCCGCGAUGGCUGGUCAUAGCGUAGCCCUAUCGCAAAAGAAGGGUUCGUUCCUGGGAGGAGGAACGGAGGGCGGUUAUACCUUUUGGUAAAUCGCAAACCACAAUUUGUGUAACAUACAUACAUACAUGUAGACAUACAUGUAUACUACUCAUACAUUACAUUAACUGUCGGAAGCGCUGUGUUGUCGAGGCAACGAGAUUAUAUAGGCAACUUCUGGUAGAGCUCCGCUUUUAGGCCAUUGCACGUGGAAAAGUUUCAGCCUUAAUAAUCAUAAGAUCGUAAGCAAACCGACCAACAGUCAAACACUCUUGUUUGAAAUGCUUGACUGUGAUUGGUCGAUUAGCUUACGGCCUUACGGUUAUGACAAAAAUUUUUUCACGUGCAAUAGCUUUCUCUCACUGCUAUUGAAGGCAACACAUAUAACACACACAUUACAUUACAUCGAUAUUUAUUAAUAUUGAUAAAACGUGUGGGCGGACUGAUUACACAUUCGCGCGCGCGUGUCACACGCGUAUACACACACAUACACACACAUACAUACAGCAACAGCAGCACACAUACACACACAUUUAAACAUAAGCAGCAACUGUGAGAAUUCUCACACGAUUCACCUACGGCGAUAUUUGCGAUCGAUAGAAGCAAUCCAAUGAUCUCAAGGACACUGUCGCCGUCUUGGUGAUCGAUUUGCGUAUUUCAUGUAUUGUUGAACUGGAGAGAAUCAUCUUGGCCGAGAAAGACUCGGACACGAUGACGCUCAUCGAACAUCCUAAAAAGAUAGUUUUUUGAAAGCUCAUUGUUCCGUGAAAAUCGGGAUGAAAGCAUUACACGAGUUUUGAAGGAUCCAAAGAUCCGAAAGUUUCGAGAGAGAGAGAGAAAGAGAGAGCUCAAGAUUAUCCGUAAUUAUCGAGAAAAACGUCCGCUAUCAGACCAUAGAUUCGAGGUAACGGAAAUUUAGAAUUUUCGCAAUUGAAAUUUUUUAGAAUUCAGAAAGCGCAAAAACUAUAAUUUGUAAAUGAUCGAAUCUAAAGAAUCGAAGAAUAACUAGAUCCGGAAUUCCAAGAGAAAUUCGGAAUUUUAAGAACUUUAGAAUUUCAAUUUGUGUUUCACACACGUAAGAAAUUUGUUCUUUUUAGCUGAACUGAAACGGAAUAAAAUUAAAUAGAUAUAUAGAUAUUUAGAAAUUGAAAACAAAGAGAAAAAAUGAAAAAUGCAACAAGUUCUGCUAAAAAGAUCUAUGUACUUAGAGAUCUGACUUUUCAUAAUCUAAGAUUUUAGAACAUUAACGAUACGAGUCUCCAGUUGAAUUGUUUAAGGAAAUAAAGUAAUAAUUGAAAUUUAUAAUCUUGAUUUUGUCAAGAUUCAAAAUAUUCAGGAUCUACCAUUGGUUUAGUAGUUUCUAUUAAUUCAAGGAUUCAAAAGUUUCAAAAAGUUUUGAUUUACCGCUUAAAUUUUCUUAUAUUUAAUUAUUAAUUAAAAAUUGUUGACGAGAUAAAACUAGAUAAUACUAAGAAUCUAUGGUCAUAAAUUCUGAGAACCUGUCUUUAGAAACCCGUGAAGGGAUCGACGGUAUCGGAGAAUCCGAAGGCUCGAAACAAUCGUUGUGUCUUUCUUACGAAAAAGAUAUUGCGAGAAUGUUAUUUUACAAUGAACUAACUAGUUAGACCAGGAAAAGGUGGACUAAUGCCAUUGAUGAGAAGCGAUCGAUAUCGCUGCGCUCAUCAAAGCAGAAGAAGAAAAGAAUCAAGAAUAGAGUGCAUGAACCCAAUGUCGAAUAUUGUAGGAAUUCACGUGACAUAUUGCGUUGAUAUUUAUAUUUAAAUUAUUGUUAUUUAAACAAUUUAUUUGCAGACCCUCCUUAGAGACAGAAUCAUCAGUGCGACAUGUUUCAACAAUUAAUUUUGUAUCUGGAGAGACUGAGGAAAAAGAAUGGGGAGAGAGAGAAAAUGAGAAAGAGGGAGAGAAGGGGGAAAAGAGAGAGAGAGACAAAGAAAGUGGAAUGAGUUUUGUUAUCACGAAAAAGCGUGCAAUAAGCGUAAAACUAUUGUAAUAAUAAUAAAAAAAAACAAUAUUAAUUGAAACUGUGCACUUGUUAUUAGGUUGAAUAAAUGAGUGAGAGAAAAAGAAAAGAAAACAGAAUAUAUGCGAGCGAAUGACUGAGUAAAAGUGAGAGUGAGUGAGGCAAUAGCGAAUGAAAGAAAACAAUGAAAAUGUAUCACUGCGCAAUGAUCAACUGUACCAGUUAAUAAAUGCUAUGAUCA